AUGGUGCGAGCUCAUGUCAAAGUAACCUAUUACAUAGAAUUACGAAUUAUUAGUGAAUUUACUUUUGCAUUUUUUAAGAAUAUGGUUGUUCAAAAACGAUAUUUGACAAUAAACAAUGCUAAUUUAAAUGCUGGUGAAAACAAAUUGGUUCAAAUAUUGAAAAAACGAUUUCCACAGGCAACAAAAGUUUCUGUUACUGAUAUUUCAGGUGGUUGCGGUGCUAGCUAUGAAAUUAAUGUUAUAUCAUCCGAAUUUAAAAAUAUGAGAAUAGUUAACCAACAUCGAAAAGUUUCAGAAGCAUUAGCUGACGAACUCCCAUCAAUUCAUUCAGUUCGAAUUUUUACAGCAACAGAUGAAAAUCACACUGUUUAA